UGACAACACAUAAUAUUCAACUUGCCUACUAGUAGUACGAUUGUGACUUCACUAUCUUUCUCGAUGUCCGCAAUUAGGGAUGGUCAAUGUAAACUAGUUCGACGUCUCAACUCUCGACCAGUGCGGUGCCAAGUUAUUACCCGUCCAGCGGCAUGUAGGAGGUUCUCUUCAACUGCACCACCACAAAGUAGUACAACCGGGGGGGUACGUGUUUCCAGACUUUUCACAGCGCUACUAGCGCUUGGGAUUGGAGCGACUAGUCUUGGAUUAUACGAGUUCUACACAUCCUUUACCCUCUGGCCAGAACAGGUUCGCGGAGACCUUCGUGCGGGGAUAAAGGCGAGAAACCAAGGAGAUUUAUCUCUGAGCGAAAGAUACAUCACCCGCGCAUUCCAAACAGCGCUGUCUCUUCCUUAUCAGACAUUCGCGCCAGAUCCGUAUCUAAAGCUAUCAGGCAUAGCCUCUCUCCUUUCCGAAGUCGCCUCAGAGCGUCGCUCCAGAGAGGCACUGCAGAUUGUGUGGGAGCUAGGUGCUGGUCCGAGCGAACAACAUUCUUCCUUGCCAGACGCCGAGAAGACGCCGAAUGAUGCGGUAGAAGGAGCGCCUGGAUGGUCAAGUUACACCUUGCGCAAAGAGGAACGCCUUCGACGGGUGGCUCUAGCGUACAAAUUGGGCCAAUUGGCAAGUGAACGGAACAUGGAUGAGGAGGAGAAAUGGCUCAUAUGGGCUGUAGAGGAGGUUUUGAAGCUAUCUGGACUGGGAAUAACAAACGCCGAUUCAGAUACGAACACAAAAGCGAGCGCACUCGAAGAUCUCGAACUCCCGACAUGGAUGUCGAAGACAGACCUUGGUGCACCACUGGAAGCCCUUGGUACCCUUUAUGCAAAGAAAGGUAGAAUUGAGUAUGCAAUACCACUGUACCUUCAGGCGAUCUCCUUACUCUUGCCACCCAAAGCAAAUAACGUAUCAAUUGAAGACCGAUGUCGAGCCGCUCAACUUAUGAAUAAUCUUUCUGAAUUGAUAAUGCGUCGUCCCCCCACACCGGAAGUACGUGCGCAAGCCGAAGCGUGGGCGGGUCAAGCAUUGGGAAUUAUUGAACAAGCACAAGCGCAGCCAAGAAGCUCACAAUGGUUCGGAUGGGGACAGGCCCCUGAUGAUGGAAGGGAGGUUUGUGAGCAGGCACUUGGCGUGGUGCUCUUCAAUUUGGGGAGCCUAAGAGAAAUGACGUGCGACUUGGAUGGUGCAAAAAAGUUGUUUGAGAAGAGCGCCGAACAAUGUAGCAAGGUGGGCAUUAGGGAGGGCGUUGUUGAAGCGCAGGAAGCAUUACGGAGGGUUGAGAAAAUGAAGAAGGUGGCUUGAUGGAAGUACUUGUGCUAUAAUGUUUCCAUUAGAAACAUGUUUGCAUGGAUGUUGACAGAACUUAGUAGACAUUACCACCAAAAUUUAUAGUAUCGGACUGGAGGUGACGAAUAAUUAAAUCGGGUCAGCCUCGGUCUUCGGAACGUUGCCGUAUAUCAC